CCGCUGUACGAGUUAGCGUCUGACAUCUACUCGUCUGUAGACUAACUACACCAGUUUUCUAUGGCUUCUGGCGUCGAAAUUACUCUCGUAUCGGUGGGAAAAACGUUUUUCUUUCUGUGGCAAACAGUAAGUUCGUGAAUAAUUAUACGGUCACCAAAUUUAAGUGCUCCCCGAACGGUGCCGAGUGUGCUGACGCCAUUGAACAGGAGACGAGAAUAGCCGAAAUGGAGGAGAACCAAACAUCGGAAAGUGUCGCUGUGUUACCGGACAUGUCCGAACCGUUGACGAGCGAAACCGAGGAGGCGUCCGCCCUAACGGGCGAGCACGAAGCCCAUCCGGUCGCCGUAACGGCAAACGUCUCUUCGGUUUCGGGAGUUACCGGUGUUCCCGGUGUUGGAGUACCGGUUUCUCUGCCGGUAGGUUCAAUAAUUGGUGUUGCUAAUUCGAGCAAUGGUACGACCUUCAAUGUCAUCACGUCCGAUCAGCUGCAGCUACCUGGUUCAGGACAGUUCAAGCAAAUGCUAUGUGUCGAUAACGGCUUUAUUUGCGAACCGCGCCAUGACAAAGAUACGGAUCCACUUCGUUGGAAUGGAGAACUCAAAGCCACGCACAUAGUUAUUCAAAACAGUACAGACGAAGCCGAAUCUGAUCAAAUUCACGUAUCUGCCGGCAAUUCUCAGCCAAUAUGCAGUUGGUCGGAGUCCGCAAAUAUGGCUGUUUUGCCAGUCAGAUGCAAAAAUACCAAUGCUGAGCUUCAUAAAAGUAGAUUUGGCUCUGGAGGUAGAGGACGCUGCAUUAAAUUAGGCCAAGAUUGGUAUACUCCAAGCGAAUUCGAGGCACUAUGUGGCAGAGCUUCCAGCAAAGAUUGGAAAAGAAGCAUACGGUUUGGAGGAAGGAGCUUACAAACAUUAAUCGAUGAACAAAUUUUAAAACCACAUGCAACCUCUUGUACGUGUGCUGCAUGCUGUGAUGAUGAUAGUGCAACGACACAACGUUUUUUGAUGCAGACAGGUCCUGUUCGAUUAUUUACGCCUUAUAAAAGGCGAAGAAGAACGAGAGAGGCUUCUGAUGGAGAGACUCCAUCUCGUAAGCAUAAGAGUGACAAUUCCAGAGAUGGAAGUAACAAUGAUGAAAGUGAUAAUGAAGUUGUUGUUCCUGAUAAGGAAGUGUGGCCACAAUUUGUUUCAACGGAUGGGUUGGUUGUACAGCAACCGCAACAACAAGAUACUGUUAUGCAGAAUGUACAUCAAACUGAAAAUGGACAAAAUGAUGAUAUUUUUAAAAAACUAGACGAAAUGUCUAAUAAAUUAUUAAAGUUGGCAUAUGAGUUUAGAAGAACCUUGGAAGAAGCAAAAGAGUUGAGUAGGCAGCAACGCAGAGAGCAAGUGUUAGCUGCCCAACUUGGUGCUAGGGGCGAUGUCAUAGAGACAGUCGGUUUGCAGCCAACCUCGGAUGCUGAUAACAAAAAGUGCGCCAAUUGUAACCGGGAAGCAUUUGCGGAAUGCUCAUUAUGCAGAAGAACUCCAUACUGUUCCACCUUUUGUCAGCGAAAGGACUGGGCAGGACACCAAGAAGAAUGCGUCCGGGGAGCAGCCGAAACUGUGAUGUUGAUUGUUGAGAGUAGCAGCGGGGAUGCGAGUGCCCUGACGACAACAGCUGGUGAUCAAUAGCUAGUGUUUCUCACUCCGAUUCAUCAAAAGGAUCCUGAGAGUGAACAAAUAGACAUUGAACAUUUUACAAACGUAGCCAGAGAUAGAGACUCGAAAAUUCGACUUCAGAAAAAUAAAAUUAAAAAGGGUCGUGAGUAGUUUGUAAAUACAUAUAGUAGCUAUUGUUUUGUUCCUCGAGUCAAACUGUUCGCCAGGCACAUGCUCACCUUAAAUUUGAAAAUCCCUUACGAAAAAACAAAUCUCCCAGUGGGUUCGCAAAAUUGUUCGGUAUGAACUUCCGCCCCUUUCCCGUCUAUCGGUGUACGUGUAUGUAUUAAGGCAAACAAUGUAAUGAAUGAAUGUGUGUACUGUAUAUAUUUAUGUUUACAAACGCGUUUCAAUUCUAUAGCCGAUGCCAUGCAUUUUGCGGAGUUAACAAAGCAAGUAGGUAUUAUGGAAAUAAAAAGCGGGCACAGUAAAUUGAUGCAAUUUGGUGCAUCUUUGUGAUCUUUUAGAUUUUGAAAGUGAUAAUAGCUGCGAAACGAAUGUCACCAGUGCGAUCUCGUGUCACUUAUGGGAGAAUAUGGCAAAAUAGUUAUACUUGUUUGUAGAGAAACACCAAGAAAAUAACGAGACACAAUGAAUAGCGUGCUAUAUGAAAAUAGUAUUUUAUAAUAUUAUUUAUAUUGUAUAAUUCCAUCAAACAUCAGAAAAAUUAAUGUAUCUAAACGUAGGACAUACUACAAAUAGACCUUCACUCGCAGAUUUUUACGCUCACACAAUUUUACAAUUACAAAUGAUUGUAUAUAGUAUAUUAAUAUAUGCUGUUAAUGGUAA